GUUUAUCGCUUGAAACCACCGUGGUCUUUUUAUCAGCAUAUUACCUGUACUUCCGGAUUGUUCCAAUUCAACUGGUUGACAAACAUGACCGAGACGAGUCAGCCCCGGCGUCCGUCACUGCCGUCCAGAGACAAGUGGCGAUUUGUGGCGUCCGACAAGGAGUAUUCUGUGGAGGAAUUCUAUUCUAUGUUUCAUACUACUUUUCCUUGUGUUUCCAUUGUUACCCAGGGUUACUUUGGCGAUAUAGGGAUUGAGGUGAUCGGUAAAGAACAGGCAAUAUACAUCCAGAAGUUAAGCAGACAACAACGAGUUGUGGCUGACAUUAUUUCUGGGGAGGAGAAAUGUCAGAUUUCUAUACCCACGGCUUAUAGGGCCAGGUUCUGUGUUGUGGAGAAGCAUGGAAAAUGCACUAAGGAAUAUCCUUUGGCUGAGAUUCUGCGCUUGCGCAAUCUACCAUGUGUUGUCCGAUUUUCACCGAACAAUCAAUUUCAUCUUGUAUCGGUAGAGGGAACAAAAAUGGAAACAGACAAACUCCGUUUACGUCUACAAAGGACGUAUGAGGAGUUAUAUUUGGUUGGAAAUCCACUUACUGAAACCACUAUUUACGAGGAAAUUAUGCUGCUGCCUUUUUACCUGAACGAAAUAAGAUUGUCCAUGGUUACAGGUAUCCUAGGUUACCCUUCAAGUUGGUCAUCAUAUCUGCAGAAUCUGUCUGUUGCAAAACUACCCGAUUCCGGAAAAUAUGGAAACUCGGAUAUUGCCAUCUACAGAAAAACAGGAUUACAGUCCUUUGAAAGUUCGGGGGCUGUCCCAGAGACCUAUUUAAGUAUAUCAGCUGUCAAUGUUCAGACAGGACAUCAAUAUGAAGAUUUACAAAAGAAAGAACAGAUCGAAAGAAUAUAUGAUAUUAUUUGGGACUCGAAUAGUGGCUGUUCUGUUGUAAAGGAGAGACAAAGCGGCAUUUUUGUACCACAAGAGACUAAACAGGCUCGAUACAUCCAGUGGAAGGAAGCUAAACUAUCAAAAUCCCUCCCUGCUGAUGCCAGUAUGGAGAAACGUUAUGCUGAAAGACCGCUACCAACUCCUCCAAAGAUUUCGCAGACGGAAUCAGAGAGUUCUAAGGAAAAGCAGUUAACAUAUCCUAAAGAUUCAGAUGAGAAGUCUACUCAACAAACACAAAGCGCCGAGGUCCCAACGAACGAAGAUCAAAUUUCAGCGAAGGAAAUCAAGCAUUCUAUAGAUAGAGAAAAACAACCACAAAUGGCGAAAAGUCAGAUUCAAAUAAAAAAUGAAUUGGAGAAGGAACUUAGUACAAGCACAAAUUUUGAGAUGAAUCAAAAUUUUCCAACUCAUUCUAAAGUCCAUGAUUCCAGCAAACUACCACCGGUUCCAAAAAGACCCGCAAGGAACAAAGGGAUCAACGAGCUCUUGGCACCUGAUAUGGCAGCUGAACGUCAGAAGCGGAUUCCAAGUAUGUCUGUGUCGGAAGUGACGUAUUGGUUAGGCGUGCUGAAGCUGGAGCAGUACGCAGACACUUUCAAGGAAAACGAUGUGGAUGGUGUUCUCCUCUCUGAACUUGAUGACAGCAUUUUGAAAAACGAGUUUGGAAUGUCUCGUUUUCAUGCAAUCAAACUCCGAAAGUUUAUUUCCGAAGGAUAUAUUCCUCGUCAGUAAACAUUCAAAGUGUGCCAUGUGAAGUUCUUUCUUUCAGUUAUAAUAGUCCAUCAACAAACGCCAUUAAAACUCAUGUAUCAUAACCAUUAUGACACAAUAACAAACUAUUAAAAUUUGAGUACACAAGUGAUUAUCUCCUCCAAUAAAUGUUUAUCUUUCCCUAGAGCUGCAAAUUCCACACUUUUUUCUGGCUCUAAAUCAUUUGAAGCUCACACGUUGCACAGAACCGGCUUAUGACCUAAGAAUGUAUCAAUACUCCGGACCAAGAUUAUUUAGAUAAAUUCAAAAUCAAGAAGAUCGAUUAAAAGUAAUAUUUUGUUAUAUUUUUGAUAGAGUCAGAAAUGAUUGACGGAGUAGAUAGUGUGUGCAAAUGAUGCAUAUCCCCUACAGAGUGUCAUGACCCUGAGUCUGAGCCAAGGUUAUUUGGUCUGGGAGACAGGAAUCAAAGAUUUACAGAUCAAACAUCUGUAAUAUAGUGAUUAAAGAACAUCAUAUUUGACAAAGAUACAGCUUUAUUUCCCAAAGAAAGUGUCUCACCUUGAACUAAUGACUUGGCAUAGACAGCAAAAUUCCAUGUAAGAGAGGCAAAUUUCUUGAAAAUAACAGAAUUCUUUCAUGCAAUAUUUACCUGCUUCUUGGCCGUACAAGUCUCAUCGGGACUGCUAGUUCUUGUAACAGUGGUGCACUGGAAACAUUCUGAAAAGAGAUCGUCGAGUUUUUCUGUCCUG